AUGGCUAACAGCAAGGAAACACUUCCGGAAGACCUCGCCGAACUUAGGAGAAACAUGGCAACAUCUACCCAGAAGGACAAUAGCGAGGUGUCUUCUCCCAUCCCUUCCGUGGUGUGUUAUUGCAUCGCGUCCAUUAUGAUGACCAUCGUGAAUAAGUUCGUAGUCUCGGGACGACAGUUUAACAUGACAUUCUUCCUCCUCUCCAUGCAAAGUAUCGUUUGCGUGGCCUGCGUCUCAACUGUUAAGAAGCUAGGCGUUAUCUCGUUUCGUGAUUUCGACACCAAGGAUGCAAAAACGUGGUUUCCCAUUAGCGCGUUGCUGGUCAGCGUCAUAUAUACAGGCUCUAAGAGUCUACAAUACCUAAGCAUACCCAUAUACACGAUAUUCAAGAAUCUGACGAUUAUACUUAUCGCAUACGGCGAAGUCUUCUGGUUCAACGGACAGAUAACGAGGCUUACCAUGAUGUCGUUCCUGCUGAUGGUCCUUUCAUCUAUCCUUGCGGCGUGGGUAGAUGUGAAUAGUGCCGUUGAAAGUGUUGGGGAUUCAUCCACUGCUCUGGCUGGAGUGAGCGUGGCGAUGGUGUCGGAUACUCUGCGCAAGCUCAAUUUUGGAUAUUUCUGGAUGCUUUUGAACUGUCUCACCAGUGCCACCUAUGUCUUGUUGAUGCGAAAGCGAAUCAAAGUUACAGGAUUCUCAGAUUGGGAUUCGAUGUUCUAUAAUAAUUUGCUAUCUAUUCCUGUGCUUCUCCUGUUUUCGAUGCUUGUCGAAGAUUGGGGACCGGAGAACCUAAUUCGUAACUUCCCUGCUGAAACGAGGAAGGUGUUGUUGUUUGCUAUCGCUUUUUCAGGUGCCGCAGCUGUGGGUAUAUCGUAUAGCACGGCAUGGUGCGUACGGACGACGAGCAGCACGACGUAUAGCAUGGUGGGAGCGCUCAACAAAUUACCUGUGGCUGCGUCAGGGAUGCUGUUCUUCGGAGACCCCGUGACGUUUGGGUCGACGGCUGCGAUCGCAGUUGGAUUCGUGGCAGGUGUGGUGUACGCAAUAGCGAAGAAUAAUCAGAAAAAGGCGGAGAUGCGGGAAGUCACUGUUUUACCCAUGUCAAACCGGAAGUCAUAG